UUGAGUGGUCAGUUCACGAGACUCGUCGCGAGAGUCUGGAUCGUGUUUCAAACGGGCUCGACGACAGUUUCGUGUGCGACAUUUCCAAUAAAAACUUGUCUCUCGCCCUUUGUUUUUUCAUCUUCAACGAAUUCAUUGACUUUGCAGUUUCCACCACCACCACCACCACCACCACCACCACCACCGUAAGGAAUAAAUCAUUGUCGAACGAAAUGCUGAGCUCAUUAAUCGCAAACUCACUCAUAUGCACGACGACAACACCUGAAAGUAGAACUUGUCAUCAGCUAAAAGGAAAAAGUAAACAUGUCCGGAGACGCGACGUCGGAUGAGGAAGGAUCCCAAGAAGACUCAGUGGAAUACGACAUCGACAAUUUGGAAAUCAUCAAAACGAUCGGUACUGGCACGUUUGGUCGCGUCGUCCUGUGCAGGCAUCGCGGCAGCCCUCUCGCCCUUAAAGUACUCUCUAUGGUUGACGUCAUACGACUGAAGCAGGUUGAACAUGUCAGGAACGAAGUUUCGGUUCUCAAAGAAGUAAAUCACCCGUUUAUCGUCAAUAUGCUCUGGAGUGGGAGGGACGAGGCUCGUGUAUAUAUGCUUCUGGAAUUCGUCGCAGGUGGAGAACUCUUUUCGUACCUUCGAGCAGCCGGACGAUUUUCAAGAUCGACGAGCUGCUUCUACGCGGCAGAAAUAGUUUCCGCCCUCGACUACCUUCACUGCAAACACAUCGUUUACAGAGAUCUCAAACCUGAAAAUCUCCUGCUGGAUAGCCAAGGACAUCUGAAGAUAACUGAUUUUGGAUUUUCCAAAAAGCUCACCGACAGAACGUGGACACUUUGUGGAACUCCUGAAUAUUUGGCGCCGGAAAUAAUACAAAGCAAAGGCCACAAUAAAGCCGUCGACUGGUGGGCACUGGGUGUCCUCAUUUACGAGAUGUUGGCCGGCUAUCCACCGUUUUUCGACGACAAUCCGUUCGGCAUAUACGAGAAGAUUUUAAGCGGUAGAAUUGAGUGGCCAAAACACAUGGACCCUAUUGCCAAGGAUCUUAUCAAGAAAUUACUCAUUGCUGACAGAACGAAAAGAUUGGGUAACAUGAGGCAGGGAGCAGAGGACGUCAAAAGACAUCGAUGGUUUAAGCUCGUCGAAUGGCAACUAGUUCCUCAGAGGGCGUUGGUACCGCCGAUACGUCCGAGAGUAAAAGCGCCUGGCGACCCUAGCUGUUUCGACGAUUAUCCUGAAACCGAUUGGCGUUCCCAGCCUCCAGUACCACCGGACCAAUUAGCAUUGUUUCAUGAUUUCUGACGACGUAGGAUAAAACUCCAAGAGAGGAGUGAUUAUGAAAAAUUAUUAUAGUAAAGUUGAAAAAUAUGAAGAAGGAUUUUGAACGUCGUUGAAAAACGAAGCAACGACGAUACUCACUCGUUCGAGGGGAAUGAGAAGGGAACUUUGUCGACUUCAGUGUUCACAGAGUUUCGGUGAACUACGUCAUCGAUAGGAGCCAACCCUGUAUGCGGUUUGCUUCGGUUGAUCAAAAAGUUGGAGUUCUCGAGCCCAUUUUAAAGCCGUUUUGACAAUGAGACGUCGCAUCGGGGCUGGAUUUUCUGUUUUGGACAUAAGAUUUGUUGUUAUUCUUAAACUUUUUGUAAAUAGCGUUAGACGAGGUGUUUUUCAAACACGUUUAUAUAGUUUAUUGUUGAAAAUGAAUAAGUAGCUCGUGGAUACGAGAAGUAUCGACGACUGUCCUGCACUGAGAAAAAAAAUUGUUGAUUCAAUAGCAAUCGAUGUUGUUGGAAGAGUUUUCUUCAAUUAUAACUGCAAUAUUUUCGAAGGGAAUGAAUCUGCAGUUUGAUUUAAAACUAUUUUAUUCGUUUACUCAUGUUUAACCUUUUGAUGAUCGUAUAUUUCAUUGGCACCCCGUAAUACCAUAUUUCGUUGUUCCAAUGACUUUUUUUUCUCAGUGUAAUGUUCUUGUUUUGACAUUGUAAAUAGAUACGAAAAAAGUGACAUUCGUGGUAACCGGUACCCAUAAAAAUCUACUGAAUAAAGCCUCGCUGUGAGAAAUGAUCGGUUUUUAGUUAGAAAAUCGGACUAAUUAAAACUUCUACGACAUUCAAAUACUAGCAAAGUUUCCUUGAAAUUUAAUCUACCCCGUCAACAACACUCGACAGAAAAUAAUGGUUUGUUACCCAUAACCGAUGUUUCCUUGGUUAGAAUAUAUUUAUGUGCUAAUGGAAAUUUUUGGUAGUGUUUAAAAGUGAUGGAGUUUUUGUUGGUUGAUAUUUCCUCGAAUGGGAUCGUUGUGUAGUUUUUAACAGUUAGGCUUCUCUGACCGAGUUGUAGAAUUAACAUCCUGUUAUCUGGUCUAUUAUGAAAAAAAUGAAUGAACGAAAUGUUUAUUUUUUAAUGUUCUCAUCGAUGAAUCAACUUGAUUUCUCUGUGAAUUAUACCUUUGUACGUUCAACCAUUUUCCUCAGUAAAUAUAUAAAUGGCAACGAC